UUCACUUACUUUUUGCAACUACAAACUACCAUGUCAUCAUCGUAUUCUUUUUUAGUUGUAUUACUUGUAAUAUCAGCAGUAGUGGUCUUAGCAUCUGCGGAUUACAAACCAGCGAAUUAUAAUGAUGUAAAGGAUGAUGAUAACCAAGUUCCUAGCAGCCAAGAAUACAAACAAAACAAACCUCAAUCAGGAAACCCAACUGAUGAAAAUGAGGAUGAUGAAGAUGAAGAAGGUCUCAUCAACGUUGGAAUUGAUCAUCGACCAUGGACAUCUAUGCUUUCAGAGCCAUCUCUUCAAAGCUAUCUAUCGAACGUAUACUACCAAAAAUCAUGUCCCAGUCUCGAAGAAAUCAUACACAAGAAGGUAGCUGCAUGGAUCAAGAAGGAUGCCACUAUUGCUGCUAGUAUCCUCAGGUUGCACUUCCAUGACUGCGCUAUCAGGGGGUGUGAUGCUUCAAUCCUUCUGAGUCACCCUGGAAGUGAAAAGGACGCAGACGCCAGCAAAACAUUGAGAGGAUUCGAACUAAUAGACGAAAUCAAAGCAGAAGUUGAGGAGAAAUGUCCCAAAACUGUUUCUUGUGCUGACAUCCUCACUGCUGCAGCUAGAGAUGCUACGGUUGCGAUUGGAGUCCCUUUCUGGGAGGUCCCAUAUGGUAGAAAAGAUGGACUAGUUUCGAUUGCUAAGGAAGCUGAUUAUGCAGUACCCAAAGGUCGCGAAAGUGUCACAACUUUGAUUGAAUUCUUCCAAUCUAUAGGAUUGAAUCUUAUUGAUUUGGUUGUCCUCUCAGGAGCACACACCAUUGGAAAGUGUAACUGUGGUGUGAUCCAAGACAGGCUCUACAACUAUCAAGGAACCGGCAAGGCUGAUCCAACUAUCGACGUCAAAUAUUUGAAUUUCUUGAAGAGAAAAUGCAAACGUGCAUCAGAAUAUGUAGAACUGGAUGGAGAAACCCCAACGACGUUCGAUUCGAUGUAUUACACAAACCUGCAGAUGAAUAAAGGAUUACUUAAAACCGAUCAAUUACUUAACUCUGACUCAAGAACUUCUGGUUUAGUUGAUGCAAUGGCAAAUCAACCAGAAUGGCUCUUCCUUCAACAGUUUUCUGUGUCCAUGGUAAAACUUGGAAACACUCAAGUUCUCACCGGCAAGAAGGAAGGAGAGAUUCGAAUAAAGUGCAGUUCUAUCAAUUCUGCUAAUUACUAGAUUAAUUAUUAAGCGACGGAUCUUAUGAGUAUUGUUUCUUUUUAAUGCUAUAUAUCCAUAUGAGUACAGAUAUAUGCAUGUAUACGUAAGUUGUUGUUUUCUGUUGUAAUUUUGAACUCCCUAUUUUACAAAUAUAUAUAUAUUGCCCCUUGAGUGGUGAACCAGAGGAAAUUUUAAUUCCUCCUUCUCUAUACAUACAGA